GAGCCGCAGGCUGCCGGUGAUGUUGCAUGCUGCGGACAGCCGAGCAGACCGCAAAAGGACCGCGACUAGCAAGCCUCUCCAGUGGAGCACGACCGCGUUGGACGGAGUGGAGUGCAGCGACGUCACACUUCUGGGUCUCAAUGGCAAAGUCUGCGAUGGAGAGGAAACACCAGCAGCAAUAGAUAGAAGAACAGGAGAGCACCUCUUCAACAAGUGCAACAGAGAGCAAGCUGUCGCACAAAACGUGGCAGUCGGUCCGGCCCAAGCCACGACGCGGGGAAAGCAACGAUUCGGGCAGUCGAGCUCGCGGCGAGUAAGCAGCGCAGCAACCAAGCAGCGCUGCGGCAUCAUCACCACCAGCACCAAAGCUCCACACUUUGCAUUUGCUUGGUCUCGAUCCUCCCAAGACACUACACCUGCCCCAUCCCUCCCUCCCUCCCUCUCUUUCCUCCUCCCCAUUGCCCACUCUGGCUGCCCGACCCGUCCACCAUCACCGCUCCCACAGCAAUCCAGAUCGCCCGUCCGACGCCUUUCGCCGCAGCCUCUCGUCUAGACCGCCGCCGCCGCCUUCCCCGCCCGCCAACGACAAGAACGACCUUCCGUUUCUCGUCGAGCUCCGCGGCAAGACACCGCUCCUCGCUCGUCUACGAGCUCGGGCUUUCGAGCCAACCACUCUCCUCACCCUCUUGACCAUUGGCGUCAUCCUCCUGCUACAAUUAGCUUUACCCAAGGACCUCUGCCUCUUCCAGUCGCGCUAUCACCCACAGCCGCCUCCCAGCUGUCCUUCGCCCAACCCUUUUGUCCAAGAGCUAUACUGUAGAGCUCCAGCGCACGUCCAGGGAACUCUGUACGGCAAUACCUCCAGCAUGGCGUUGGCAGCAGCAGCCGAGCGCGUGGCCGCCGAGUUCGAGUACACCAAGGAGGAUGUCAACAAGGGUGUGAAAGAGUUUAUUCGCCAGAUGGACGAAGGUCUCGGCAAGACUGGUGCGACCAUGAGCCAAAUCCCGACGUAUGUCACCGCUGUGCCCAAUGGAACAGAGAAGGGUUUAUACAUGGCCGUGGAUCUGGGAGGCACAAACUUUCGCGUCUGCUCCAUCCAACUGCAUGGUAACUCGACUUUCAGCUUGACGCAGUCGAAGGUUAAGAUCCCUCACGAGCUGAUGGUUGCGAAGACGAGCCAUGAGCUGUUCAGCUUUUUGGCCAAGCAGAUUGAGCUGUUCUUGAAAACGCACCACGAAGAUCACUAUACAAGCCAUAAAGAAGGCAAGGGCACAUCAGAACAUGAGGUCUUCAGUUUGGGCUUCACGUUUUCUUUCCCAGUGCAACAAUUUGGCAUUAACAAGGGUACUUUGAUUCGCUGGACAAAGGGUUUUGACAUUCAGGAUACAGUCGGAAAGGAUGUCUGUGCGUUGCUGCAGGCUGAAAUCGAUGCGCUGGCAUUGCCUGUGCGAGUUGCGGCUUUGGUCAACGACACUGUGGGAACACUAAUGGCACGAUCGUACACAUCGCCCGGCAAGACGGGAACGCUGCUUGGUGCUAUCUUCGGCACUGGCACAAACGGAGCAUACGUGGAGAAGCUCGACAAGGUCACCAAGCUCCAGAAGCUGAGCGCCCAGGAGGCUGGCGAGAUCGAUAGCUCAACGGGAGAGAUGAUCAUCAACACUGAGUGGGGCAGCUUCGACAACCAUCUCUCUGUGCUGCCACAAACGCCUUACGAUGCCGAUCUCGAUCUUGAGUCAGUGAACCCGGGGAUCCAAAUGUUCGAGAAGCGCGUUUCCGGCAUGUUUUUGGGUGAGAUUCUGCGGCGAGCACUGCUGUCGCUGCUGCUCGAUUUCAAUGUGCCACUGUUCGCCGAUGAGCACAGCAACCAGAACGACAUCCACAGUACGACGAAUGUGGCUCCAGACUCGCCAUUGCACAAGCAAUGGGGCUUGGACUCUAGCUUCUUGUCGAUUACAACUGGAGACAGCUCUGCUGGAUUGAAAGUCACACGCCAGACACUUGACCAGGAUUACGGCGUCUCUGCAGCAUCAGCAGAGGAUGCUGAGGCUGUGCGCCUGAUAGCGUCGGCCGUGGGAAAGCGUGCUGCACGCCUCUCUGCUGUCGCGAUCGCCGCUAUUGUGAUCUCGACUGGGCGCCUGAAGAACCCAGCGGAUGCCGCUACGACGAACGACGCAACACUGGAAGUGAACGAGGACGACGUUGUCGAUAUUGGUGUCGAUGGAUCGCUGGUGGAAUUCUAUCCUCGUUUCGAAGAGUACAUCCGGGAGGCACUUCGGGAGAUUCCAGAGAUUGGUGCUCAAGGCGAGAAGAAGAUCAGGAUCGGCAUUGCCAAGGACGGGUCUGGUGUCGGCGCUGCGCUCAUUGCGUUGGUCGCCGACAAGGCGACGAAGGGGAACUACUCGUCAUCCUCGUCUGCCUCGACGUCCUCCAGCGGGUCUGGCUUUUUUGGGAGGUUGAUUGAGAACAUCAAUCGCAGCGUACGCUACCGGGUGUAGAAUGCCGCGCAAACCGUACGACCGAGAAAUGAAAACGCUGCACGGCAGUCGAUGCGCUGGAGGUAAUCACGGCAUUCCAGCGCAUCAAGCACCGAGGAUCUUGAGAGAUCGCUUUGCGGAACCGAGUAUUCAAGAUUGCAACACUGAAGAAUCAGAACGGAAAGUGUACAUUGGAAGCCGUGGUAUGUGAACAUACAGUGCAUGUAUCUGUUCGUCGCAAUUUGAUGACGACAAUGCGGUCAUAGCAUCGGAGUCUAUAGGUGGGUAGGCGCAACUUGCAAUUCGAAAUCUAUUUCAGACAAGACCUGUCUUGCGCCUUCUGGCGGCCUCAGGUGAUCGGUAGCAGACUGCUUCCCGCAGCGAAACAGGACACCGGACGGGAAACGCGUGUAACGAUUCGCUCAGCAACUUACAUUGUCUCAGGGCUCUAUACCUGCGCCCGAACGAUAAGUACAGAGUCGUCAACAUCACGACAAUCGCAUUACAUUAGCAAUCUGCUCAUACACCGCAAACACGAUCCCACCACUCAAUAC